AUGGAGCUGUUCUGUCCUGGAUCCACACUCAGAAUAAUAAGGCUGAGCAUCCUUGUGUGUCAGCUUGGCCUCUUUAUGAGGACAGAGGCCCAGAUACGAUCCGAGUGCCUUCUUAGCACUACAAACAGACCUCCAGAAAACUCGGACAUAACUGUGGUCUGUGGCACUGAGCAUAUGGACCUGAGCAUCUACCUUUGCCCGAUGUACCAAGCAUUUUACAAUGAGACUCUGAUGGUCCUCAAUAAUCAGAUAAACACACCUGAGUGUUAUGGGACUGCUGACUGGAGCGUGGACCCACCAGUCUUAAAAUUCAGAUUCCCCAUGAAUGAAAGUGCUGUCUCAUCCUGCAAUAAUAACUUUAAGAUAACCAAUGAGGUUGGGACUGGAGAGUUUUCUGACUUCUCAAAGGUCCAGUUUGUCAACAUCUCUGGCACUGUUACCUCAAUAGACCCCACUCCGGGUGUGAUCACUUAUCUCCCGCAGAUCCUGUAUAAGUUCUCCUGCUUCUACCCGAUGCAGUACCUCCUGAACAACACUCAACUAAGCGUAUCAGGUUUCAAUCUUGCCAUACAAGACAACAACGGUAGUUUCAUCAGCACACUGAGUAUGCAGCUCUACCAAGAUGCACUGUACCAAGAUAAGCUUGAUAUGCCACAAACAGGACUAAACCUGAAGACCAAGAUUUAUGUUUCAGUUAAGGCUACUAAUCUAACAGAAAGGUUCAACGUGUUGCUGGACAGAUGCUAUGCAACAACACAUCCAUAUCUCAUUCCCGGCACCUUUUAUGACCUUUUUGUAGGGUGUCAACGUGACGCACAAACUAAGUUGGAGCUCAAUGGGGUGACUAAGGAGGCACACUUCUCCUUUGAGGCCUUCAGAUUUGUGGAGCAUAAAAAUGAGACAGUUUCCACUUUCUACCUGCACUGCAUCACCAGGCUCUGUGAGGCGUCCACGUGCAGCACAUUGUUGCCUGACUGUACCAGCGGUACCGGCGCACGGAGGAAGAGAGAGGUCCAGGAUGUGUUGACCAACACUACCGUCACCUCGACUGCCAUUGCUGUGGGAAAACAGAUCAGUGGAGAAGCUCAAACUUUCUCGGCUUCUUACGGUACGCCAUCUGAGAGCAACUACAGCAACCCCGUGGUGGCUGUAAUCAUCUGCAUCGUCAUCCUAACUGUUCUCCUGGUCGCCAUGGCUGUUUACUUUGCACUGUACAUCAGACAGAGAAAACCAGUCUUUCAGUAA